CAGUGUAUGUGUUUCUCUCACACAUAAAUGUUGGAUAGAAGGGAACACGUGAGAAUGUCGAAACUUGUAUCCGUAUAAAUUUUGUAAUGUUCCGUAAUAGUGGAUUUAAGCUUUAUUUAAGUUUACUUUAUACAGUAUUGACGUAUUGUGUACAGGUGGGAAUAUUUGCGUUUAAGUGUAUUAUAUUGACACAGGAGACACCAGAUGUCAGAAACCGGGCUCUAUUUCAACUAAUGAGGGGUUGAGAUCGUGCUCUGUUGCAGACAUUUUUACAUGUUCCAAUUCCAGAAUUUGGGUGAAUUCUGCAGUUUAAAAGACAAGUGACAAGCUGGUACCAUGGAAAUCAUCACGAAUAAACUGUUCAAUAUUGAUUUAAGCUUUUUGAAACUUAAGAUAAAUACGGUUUACACAGACAACCAGAUUUUUCGCCUUCACUACAGAGGAAUGACAGUUCUUCUUCUAGCCUUUAGUAUCAGUGUCACUGCUUACCAGUUCUUCGGCGAACCAAUCUACUGCAUUCAGAGGGACGACAUUCCCGAGAAACUGUUGAAUACGUACUGCUGGAUAGAAGGUACUUUUACCCUCCCUAAAGCGUUUAACAAAAAAGUGGGGAUCGAGGUUGUGUACCCCGGUGUUGAGACGUCAGAACCCGAGGACCAAGUUGUUGUACAUGCUUAUUAUCAGUGGGUUUGUUUUGUUCUCUUAUUUCAAGCUGUGCUAUUUUACAUACCAAGAUAUAUAUGGAGAUCCUGGGAGGGUGGAAAAAUCAAGAAACUUUGUCUGGAACUCACGAAACCUGUUCUGAAGAGAGAAGAAAAAGAGACGCAAAGAGAUAUGCUGGUAAAUUACUUUCUAGACACAAAUAAUAACAACGGAUCCUACGCUCUUCGGUACUUCUUCUGCGAAAUCAUGAAUUUCAUCAAUAUUCUUGGACAGAUUUACUUCACUGACUAUUUUCUGGGUCAAGAAUUCACGAAAUUUGGCCCUCAAGUGGUAAAGUUCACUAUGACGGAGCAAGAGGAAAGAUUAGAUCCCAUGGUAAAAGUAUUUCCUCGUAUGACGAAGUGCUCUUUUCAAAAGUUCGGAUCUUCCGGAGAUGUUCAAAGACACGACGCUCUCUGUCUUCUUCCUCUAAACAUCGUUAACGAAAAAAUCUUCGUUGUCCUUUGGUUUUGUUUUGUUAUUCUCGCCGCACUGACAGGCCUAAAUGUUUUAUACCGGUUAAUCUUCAUGGUUUCUUCUGCCGCCAGAUAUACUAUGCUUCGUUCGUUGUGCCGUUUCUCCUAUAAGGAUGAGAUAGAGAAAGUUCUGGAAAAACUCUCACACGGAGAUUACUUCAUUCUACAUCUUCUCGCUUUCAACAUUCACUCCGCCCAUAUGAAGGAGGUGAUAUCUAAGCUAGCAGAAGGGCUUCAUGGCCGAAAACCGAGCAGCGCUGAAGAAAGUAUGAGAGAGAACAGUGCACUCUCUGUACCGUAGAUGUUUUAAAACCAAGAAACUGUUAUCGGUGUAAUGUAAUCUGUGCUUCAUCGUAAAAAUGUUAUGACGGUUAUAUACUAUUUCCAUUGAAAUACUUUUAACUAUAUAGUAAAUAGUGAUGAUAUUUCAAAGCCUUUAUUUUAUAAGGUAGAUUUAUUAUCUCAGUAUCUAACCUAGAUUAGUUACACUAUUAUGAUAGAAAAAGUUUGCCAAUGAAAAUGUAUUAAAGAAAGCUUUGGUUUCAGUUUUGUUAAUAAACGGAAGAUCCUGGAUAGA